AUGUGCAGCCGCCGAGCACGGGGGUACCGGAACUUCAUCGCCUUUUGGAUCCUUGGCCUGCUGAACAACUUCCUAUGGGUGGUGAUGAACGCGGGCGCCGGUAGCAUCAAUGAGGCGGGCAUUGCUUUAGUCUACCUGGUGAAUGUGGUGCCAUCGCUCACCAUGAAGCUCACUGGUCCUUACUGGUUCCACUAUGUGAGCUACAGGUGUCGGAUCAAUCUCAUGGCCUUCUUCAUGGUCCUGUGUCUUUGCAUCGUCGCUUGGAGCAACAGCGGCCACGUGAAACUCCUCGGCGUGGGUUUUUGCUCCUUAGCUGCUGGCAUGGGAGAAGCAAGUAUCCUUGCGAUGACCAGCUUCUACGACGCACAGUCCUGCCUGGCGGCCUGGAGCUCGGGCACCGGCUUCGCUGGCAUCGCAGGAUAUAUCUGGUCAUUAGCAUUUGACGCCAUCGAUACCUGCUUCCAGGUUCAGCUCAUGGUUGCUUUAUGGAUUCCAGUUGCAUGGCUCCUGACCUUCUAUGGCUUGUUGGGUGUCCCCUGGAUCGACAAGGAACGGGUGACUCUGGAUCACGUGACAGAAGAGGAGAUCGAGGAUCUCUCCCACGAGACCUCGGAGAGUUCCAACGACUCGGACACCACCUGCCAUAGCGCCUCAGAAGUGGCCACUUCAAAGCUCACCGUGAAGGAACGUUUCUUCUUCAUCCUGGGCCUUUGGCCUUACACUGUACCGCUGCUCUUUGUCUACGUCUCCGAGUAUGCGAUCCAAAGCGGUCUCUGGGCGGCGAUGGGCUUUCCAGUCACGGACCCCGUGAGCCGCCGCAGCUGGUACAAGUGGUCCAACUUCACCUAUCAAGUUGGCGUUUUCAUCUCCAGGACCUUCUUCAUCCUCAUUUGCCGGAGUCGGUCGGUCCUGUGGUCCGGUGGCCUUUUGCAGAUCUUGAUGGCAAUCUUCUUCACCUUCGCCGCGGUGCAUCCCUUCGGUGGCUGGUGGUUACUGGCACCCUCGCUCUUCGUGGGCUUCCUGGGCGGCGGAGUCUAUGUGGGAGCCUUCUCUCUCAUCGCCAAGGAGCAGAACUCCGCCUAUGUAGAGUUAGCCUUGUGUUCCGCCUCCGUGGCCGACACCAUCGGCAUGAUCUUCGCCAACAUCUUGGGGCUCAUUGCGCAAGGAUGCAUCUUCGGGAUGAUGCGGGUGCUGGACACUAAGCCGGACUUCACCUGUGGCUUUGACAUUUGGGAUAACUUCAACCGCACCAGCCAUCCACCAGUCUAUGCCACGCACUGCUUCCCUGGAGUACAAGGUUGA